GAUAGACAAACUGCAACCUCCGACUACAUGCUGGAACAUGCGCGCAUUUGGAGGAGGUAAACAAAUCGUGUGACAGUGAACGACAUCAGUUUCUUGAGCAAGUGAGACAUCUAUAAUUCUUGCAAAAUGAUCCGGAAUUUAGUCCUCUCGAAAGUGAGCUCCUGUCGGGUAUUGUCGAGGGAGUGUGUCAAGUUUGGGUGCAGAUCCUCGACUAACAGCAAUGGACGACGCCACCAAGCUCAUUAUAACCUGAAUGGUAGAAGAUUCCUAUGCAGUGGUCAGCCAGCUCCUAGAGUAUGUGUAGUCGGCAGCGGGCCUGCUGGCUUCUAUACAGCACAGGGACUUCUUAAGGGUAAUUCUCAAUGUACGGUGGACAUCAUUGACAAGCUUCCUGUACCAUUCGGACUGGUGAGAUUCGGAGUAGCUCCAGACCAUCCUGAAGUUAAGAAUGUGAUCAACCAGUUCACAUCAACUCUAGCAGCAGACAAUCAGCGAUGCUCUUUCCUGGGCAAUGUGGAAGUGGGCAAGCACAUCAGCCUGCAAGACCUCUUUCAUGCGUACGACAUCGUGGUUCUGAGCUACGGUGCGGAGGCGGACAGGACUCUCAGUAUACCCGGGGAAGACCUACAGGGAGUUUAUUCUGCGCGCUCUUUUGUCGGAUGGUACAAUGGACUUCCGCAAGACAGUGAUCUUAAUCCAGAUCUGAGUGGAGAAACGGCAGUUGUGAUUGGUCAGGGGAAUGUUGCUCUCGAUUUGGCUAGAAUCCUCAUCACACCAACAAGUAUACUCAAGCAAACAGAUAUAACUCAGCAUGCUCUGGAUGCGCUGAACAAGUCACAACUAAAGAAGGUCCACCUGAUUGGAAGGAGGGGUCCAUUACAGGUGGCCUUCAGCAUUAAGGAGCUGAGAGAAAUGACUAAGCUGCCUGGAUGCCGUGCUGAGCUCAACCCAAGUGACUUUGAGGGACUUCAGGAAAAAAUACCAGAGUUGCCCCGUUCCAGAAAGCGCUUGACUGAGCUGAUGAUCAACAGCGCCUUGGAGCCACCGUCAGUGAUGAGCCAAGAUCUUUCCGGCAAGACAUGGACACUGACAUUUCAACGAAGUCCGGUGGAGAUUCUUCCGUGUCCCAAAGAUGCGAGUAGAGUUGGUGGCAUCCGGCUAGCGAUAAACAAGAUCCAGGUAAUUAAUGGUAAAGAAGAAGCAGUGCCCACGGGUGAAACUGAAGACAUAAGCUGUAGUAUGGUGUUACGCAGCGUUGGGUACAAGAGCCUAUGCCUAGACUCGGAGGUUCCAUUUGACGAGCAACGAGGAGUGAUAAAACAUAUUGAUGGGCGAGUCAAUGGAGUGAGAGGUAGGUAUUAUUUCAUCCAAUACUUUUGCCCUUGGGUGUUUACUAGACUUGGGGGAGAUUAA